GCAUCAUUCAAAACAGACGUGCACCGUUUGUCCUCCGAAUUGUCGAAAUCCGAGUUACGGCUGUACGACAUUGAAAGACAUUGCUGCCGUUUUGAAACUGCAACCCCAUUGAGAUUUGGCUUGGACACUAAAUCGUCAUGCAGACAUCAGAUAAAUUCGCCGCUGCACUGGCGGAACCAAACCUCAGCAUGACAAAUGCAACGGAGACCAAUGACACAGCCGAUGGCAAGGAUAGCUCUAGCCCARCCCCSACCAGUAGAAUUCAGAGCAUGAGCGUGAUAAAGCCAAAACCRAACCCUGACUCUGCUGGACUGGUUACAACAGAGUCUUCCAAUCUGUCCAAAAGAAAAUCCCCAGAGGCGAUUGCGGCUAGWRGCGGCGGGAAUGCCGAGGUGAUCGCAAAGAAACUGAAAAAAGAAACGUCGAUMUUGCAAAAACCUCCGAUACCAUCGUUUYCAAUGCCCCCUGGACAGCAGCAGCAACAACAAGAAUCCAACAAGACCAAACCAACGGAAAAACAUGGUUCUCCUUCGAAAACAGAAGAGACAAGGACCAGUGGCAUACCGGAGAGCAAUGGGAGCAAAGAGUUUGUUACAAUAAGUAUUGGCCCUACGAAAAAGGCGAAUCAAAGCGUCGCUGCUGACGGCAAAACACCUUCUUAUUCAAAGAAAGAUGAGAASCAGAGCGACGACGAAAUUGUGACCCAGUAUACCGAAUUUGAACCGCUCAAGGGACCGAACGAAGUUYGUCCACUGACAUCCCUGGACACAACGGAACGGAUCCAGCUAGAGAAGCUUUUUGGAUUCGACAAACGAAAAGACGAUAGCAAUACGUGGGACGAAGAUUGGUUUGGAGUUCUCGCUUUGUGCCAUAAGGAGGUUCCGAAUCCCGAUGGACGGGUGGCAGAGCGACAGAAGGAACGUUCUCUCCUGGAGUGGGUGGGGCUCAACACGGAAGCGACAGACUCCAAGAAAAACGGCUCUUCAAACAWAAGCMUCAGGCUUCUAUUCAACUUGCUUAGACACUURUAUCACCUAAAGAAGCUACCCGAACAGGCCAAAUUAAUUCUGGCCAACAUCGAUCGAAAGGAUCCCAAGAGUAUAGGUGACGCGAUUCACAGGCUCUCGAUCGAUCCCGUCGUUCUGCGGCAAGAUGGAUGGAUCACGAAGAAAGCCAAGGAACCACAAGGCGCAUCCGGUGGUGCCUACCGGAUCGGGGAGCGGAUAUUUUGGGAGGGGUACGCGGGUGUCGUGAUUGCCUUUAUCCACGACGAUGACUUAGGGGAUCUGUGGAAGGCGAUAUGGGUCGAGGACCUCAUGACCUUUGACCUAGAGCUGGAGGAGCUUGAGGAMUCUAGGAAGAAAUAYGAGCGCAAAAAGGCUGCAUCGAAYARGAAGAAAGAGGCCGCGAAAGCAGCCGCUCCGAAGGCAACCUUUCACGUCGAGGGCAUCGAGCACGGYAUCGUGAUGGCGGCGUCGUAUGCACGUGGUGCUAGGCACGGAGUCUACUGGCCCGCCCGGGUGAUGCACGCCUCCGAGCUCUCGGGCAACACGAGCCGACGGAACAAACACAAGAAGAAGAUCGACGUGGUCUUUCUUGCCCCUUACUGGAACUCCACCUCGGCAUCGGGUGGAAGCAGCCGCUUGGAACCCCUCUCGAUGGCGCGAAAYGGAGAAGGACUCUUUCGGUCCGGUGCCUUGUUUGAGGUCGAGACGAUCGAUGCAAACGAACUUUGCGUGCAAAGCUAUCCUUACGAUGCGAAAACGGGGCUGGAUAUGGACGAGCUGCGAUCCACCUUCAAAUUCAUGGGUCUGCCAAAGGCCGCGUUUCCGAGAUAUUUGGACAGCCAGAGAUUGGCUUUGGGGUUCAAAACGUUUUCCCAGACCGAACUUAAAUCGACCCGCGCCUCCGACAGCGAUCAAACUACUGCCGGUCUGCUGGAGGGGCACCCGCUAGCGGUUCAAACCGCUCUCUUUCCGACAUCGGUUAUCCAGCUUCCGUUUUCUCACAUACUGUCCCAGCUACCCCACCACGAAAAACAAUCAAGCCUGGAAACCUCCGCAGUAGAGCCAGCACUUCGCUUCGACAAGAUUCUAGGCUCGAUGAAACCGCCGAGCUGUUGGGGAUUAGGACAGAGCGUUGCAUUGCAAACCAAGGAUACCCCCCAGCCAAAAUCGAUGAUGGGAUCUCCGAUCACCUUCCUCGACAAGAACGUCGGGAAUACCGGUGACCCUUACAACGUGGGAAGAUUUCUGCACGGUCUCUUAUCGCUGCAACGUUUCUUGUCGGAAAAAUCUGCGACGAGUGGGAUGCUGAGAAACAGCCUAAGCGAAGUGGUGGGUGCCUUUGCGAAGAAGUCUGGGUUGAAGGAGCUGCAAUCUGACGGGAAUAAGAAUUACAUGAAAUUUUUGAACAGGACUUGGGUUGUGGUAAAGGUAAGAUUCAAAAUCACUACUAAGUAUGCAAUWWUGUAAUGUUUGAUUCAACUUAUGGCUCACAAAUUCAAAACUAUUACCUUCAUGACACCAGUCGAAGGGAGAGACACUGAUUCUUGCUGCUGYCAAAGACCAAAAACAUUUGCCGUACAUUCUCAAAGAUUGGCGGCGCUGCUGCGAGAGAAUUUAUAAGCACAUCAACGUAGCACUAGGAACCAACGGAGCAUCGUAUGUGAUCACGGAUAGCCGCUGUAAUCUCCACCUUACUUCGAGUGAAUGCUUCGAGAGGGCCGUGCGGCUGCCUGCUGCUUUGAAAGGAGUAAAACAAGCGACGGGAAAUAUCAAGUUAGUCAAUACAAUCGAUGAUGCCUACCUGAAUCUUGCCGAAAACGAGGUCAUCGUAAGGGCACAUAAAAUGUCUUAUAUACAAAGGAUAAAGAAAAAAUGCAUGGCCGCACCAGAAGACGAUGUGGUCGCCUUGACUGACGAUAGCGACGGUAAUGGAGGGGAGGACACAAGUACGUCAUUUAAUUUGUUUGCAUGCAGUUUUGCAAAUGUUUUGAUAUCAUCAUUGAACAAUUUUCUUACAACUAUUUUCAUCGUUACGAAGAGGGAUCAAAGGGGAGCUGGAAUGCCGCUCUAUCGGGUGUUGGAGCUGCAAUAAAAGGGGCAGAUAUGAUCAUGAACGGAGAAUGUCUUAACGUUUUCUGCGCAACUCGACCUCCGGGACACCACGCCGGUCGAGAACUGCACCCAAUGAAAGCUGUUUCGAACGGGUUUUGUAUUCUAAACAGUGCAGCGUGUGCUGCUCUUUACGCAACAGCUCCAAUAUCAGAUGGUGGUCUUGGACUCUCCAGGGUUUGCAUCAUCGACAUUGAUGUGCACCACGGAAACGGAACCCAAGAUAUACUUUGCUCCACGUAUGACCCAAGAUUUCUUUACGUGUCAACACAUGCAGGUGGCGCCGAUAUUAAUGGGGUUGACAUGGAAGACGAUGAUAUGGAUCAGUUCGAACACCAUCUCGGGGGAGGCGAUGAAAAAAAAGGGAUUUUCCCGGGCAGAUGCGGCGACUAUAGUCCCCACAAGGGAGUCCUGAAUAUCCCACUAGGUGGGAGGGUUACGCCCCACGCUUUGGGAACCGCUCUGGUAACGAAAGUGAACCCUGCGGUCGAAACAUUCAAUCCGGAACUAAUUAUUAUCUCGGCUGGGUUUGAUGCACACAAAAACGAUCCAUUGAACAUGGGUGGACUCACCGCAGAAAACUUUGGUACGCUCACUGAAGUCAUCUGCAAACUAGCAUACAAGUGUUGUAGUGGCAGGGURCUGAGUGUCUUGGAAGGCGGAUACGGCGUUCCUUGUUGUCGUCCCCAGAACUUCGCUUCGAGGGAAGGAACCUCGGGUAGUUUUGGCCCCCAUUCGCAGCACCUCAAAGCAGACAAGGAUUUGACCGAGGCAAAGUCAGAAAAGAAAUUCGUGGAGCUGAAGUGCCUGGAAUUGGGUUCGGAGCUACCACCUUCAAUGACGGAUGUGAUCUCGUCGUAUGCGCUACAGAAGCGACUCAAUAGAUGCCACGAAGAAGGGUUCGUGCACUGCGUAAAAGAGCACGUUAGUGCACUGGCACGUUGCAACAUGGUGCAGCGAUAAUGCUAAGAAAGCAAGGGGGUUAGA